AGUCCCUGUGAUCAGUGUAUGGGCGGCGUUGGGGUAAAACGUGCUAGUAGGAUAACGCCGGAUGUUGAUGGUGGUACCAGAAAUUAACAAACCAUCACAUCUUUCUUUCCAUCCUCUUAUCCGUCUCUCCAGAGCCUGCCGUACUCAGCAUGUUGGUGAAGUGAUAGCUAGCUAAAGAGAAAUGCCGGAGUCCCGAUAUCACUGGUCAGGGGAAGAGGUGAAUGCCAUCGUCUCAAUAUGGUCAGACGAGGCAAUACAGCGUGCAUUACGUUCGUCUGACUCUGAGUAUCGAGGUGCCGCCAAGGUGUACCAUGAGAUCUUUGUGCGCCUUCGCAAAUUAGGUUAUAAGGGAACUGUCCAGCAAUGUCGUGACAAACUAAAAAAACUUAAGGGUCAGUACAAAGAAAUUAAGUCAAACGGUUCCGACCGCCGGAGUUCUUUUCCACCAUCAUGGUUCGAUGCCAUGGACGCUGUACUGGGACAGCGACUCAGAAAGCCAGUACUGAGAAGUGGCAAAGCCACCGUAUCACAAAACAACGACAAAUUACCAUCCAGUUGGACACCUGAUGAACUUCCACAAACUUCAGGGUCUGGGGUGAGAACUUCAGCUUCUAGGCUGUUGGAGUUGACUGAUUCCUCUGAAGAAUAUGAGGAAUCUGGAUACCACUGGUCGUCUAAGGAGGUUCAGGCAUUGUUAACACUCUGGGCAGAUAAGAUGGUACAGAAGCACCUCCUCUCCUAUAAAAACGAGCACGUCUAUGCCAAAUUUAGUUCCGAGCUUGCCGCCCUGGGUUUUAAAAGGACGUCGAAGCAGUGCAGACAAAAGAUACAAAUACUGAAAAAGGAACACAAAAAAAUCAAGGAUAACAAUAACAUGAGUGGUUCCAUCUAUCGUGAAGAGAGUUGGUUUGCCAUCAUUGAUAGUGUCCUGUGUCACCAACCAAGUACUUUGGAGUCUGGGGUGAUAAAUUCAGAUGCCAAGCUUUUGGGGUCGCCUGAUUCCCAACAAGAAAUGGGACAUUCUAACAAAUCUCCAUCCAUUUGGACACCUGAUGAGGUCCAUGGUCAACAAUCAGAAACCUCAGGGCUUGGGGUGAUAAAUGCAACAAAUCUACUGUUUGAAUUGACUCCUGAUUCCCCUGUAGACGAGGAACAUAUUGGUGCAGAAGACUUUGGUCCCGGUUUAACUCUGUCCUCACUGCGUCUCCUUGCUCCACCAUUACGCUUGAUGUCAGCAUUCAUGUGGCAAGUGGCUCAGCAGCAUAUUGUAAAGCAUUAUGGGAAGCUGGAGGAGUUUGUGACUUUGGUGACAGAGAUGGUUCCAGAGCUGCUGAGUUCCAGGCAGAGGACCCAACUUCUUCUGGGUCUGAGAGCAAGGCUGGUACUGGAGUUGUGUCUCAGUGAGAGCACAGCUGACCUCGUGACCAUCCAGCCUCACCUGGACAAAAUCCAUUAUUUGACAGAAUACGCUGUACACAAAGAGAGUAAUGAUGAGUUGGAGGCUACAGAGUCUAACUUUGUGGAGUUGGUCCAAACCCUGCUGGAAGACCCGUCUGAGCGGGAGCACUUCUUCCAGGAGGUGUUCCCAGCACGCUAUGGCCCUCGGUAUGACACCGCACUGCAGGUACUGGUGUGGGAGUUCCUCUCCAGACUGGAGGAGCUGCUACCUGUACCAGACUUCACACAGACAGCAGCAUGGCUUGGUGAUGCCCCCUCUGUCGUGGAGGAAUGUGGAAGCACCAUAUUUGACACUGAAGAGCUGAAGACUCUUCUGCAGCACCAUCAGCAUCAUGGAAACCUGAAAAGAGGUUAUUUCUCUUACUACACCUCAGAUACCAUCUUGUCCACACUUUCCCUCCCUCCAACAAUAAGAGUUGUCAUGAGCGCUGAGCAGGCCAGCUCAGACAAAACAAGGUCAUGCUCCGAUGGAGAUGAAUGCUUAAAGAAUGGGAUAGAGAGAGAUGGAGAAGGACAAUUUAAUUGGGGCAGAGAGGAGGAAGAAGAUCAUUUUUAUUUAGAGCAACAAGAGCAGAUUAAUGUUUUACCAGCAGAGAAUUCUGGUCCGUGUAUCCCAGUACCCAGCAACGGAUUGAAUAGUGACAUGGAAUCCCAGGUCGUCGCCUGCUCCCUCUGCUCAUUCUCUCACAGUGAUAUGGCAAAACUCCACCAGCACAUCAGGAUUAGGCAUCGAGGAGAGGACCGAAAGCUUAGACGCCCUAAAGAAUCUGGGACUGAAAAGCACCUUCCCUCAAGCAGAACAAAACUACUUCACCAUCACAUCAGGACUAGGCACCAAGGAGAUGUACAGAAGUGUCAACACUCUGAAGGAUCUGGGACUGAAAACCUUCCCUCAAGCACAACAAUUAUCCCCUAUAGACCCAAUAACAUGACUCUAAGCUGCCCUCAUUGUGGGAAUGUUUACCAAAACCUCAACUCUCUGAAAAAACACAGAAGAAUUCACACAUUUCCAUUCUGUUGUAACCAGUGUGAGAGAAGAUUUUCUACCAGAUUAGGUCUGAAAAGACAUCAGCGAGCUCACACAGGGGAAAUACCAUUCAAAUGCUCUCACUGUGACCGGAGAUUAAUGUGUGCAUAUUCACUCAAAAUGCAUGUACGCACACACACUGGGGAGCGUCCCUACUGUUGCACUAUUUGUGGGAAAACAUCUGUCCAACAUCUAGCAAGACAUGACGAUGCAUGCAGGGGAGAAAAACUAUUUAUGUAGCAUCUGUGGUAAGGCAUUCCUUAGCUCAGGAGAACUGCGAGGAAGUUGAGAGAUUAAUUUUCAUCAGGAUAUUUUCUCCUGUUUUUAUUGGUCGACUUUGGGCCUAUGUGUUUUACUUAGUUGAUGAUGAAGUUAUUAGCUUACUGCUGCAUUGGCCUAUAGGCUAUUUUUGACUUCUAUGUGCUCAUUUAUUUAGCCGCCAAUGGAUUGCAGUCUAUCAAUGUGUUCAUAUGGCAGAGGCUGGUGCUCUUGCCUUAGAAUUCAACUAACUUUUAGAUUUGUAUCCUUUUACUUAAGAUUUUUAUUAUUCACCACGUUUUUGAGAAACCAAAACGUUAUUAUUGAAUUGAAACUGUUCCCCAAAAAACACCCAUUUAAAAAAUUGUUAAUGCGCCAGCGAGUGCACACAUUGGUCCUGUUUAAAAACUUGCCCGCCUAAGGAAUCCAAGGCCCAACCAACCGACUUGUUCUUGUGCUGGCCCUGUUUCACCUCUUUAUUUUAGACCUAUUGAAAGUAUUAAUAAAAGCAUUGUGAUUAACAA